GCGCCGGCGUGUCGUAGAAAGUGAGUGUUCGAGGAAACGGUGACUAGACGAACUAAGUAGCUUAGACUAUCCGAUUGUGGUAACUGUCGUAGUUUCACAAUGUCCGCGUCUAGAUGUUCUAAUCAACCCACGUCACAACAUUGGACAGCACUGUUACGGUUGCUGGUGGUUCUCGUUAGCCUUCCAACUCCCGGGCAAGUGUUGCUUACCGAAGCCAGCGUAUCCUGCAAUGCCAUUGCACGGUGGCCCGCACUGGAUUAUAAAUCGGACCGUGCAUUCUACCCACUGAUGGUGUCGUUCUCGCGCUAUCCAUUCCACGAUGUGUACGAAGCGAAUCCGGGAAUUUUACCAUCAACCAAACACACGGUAAUGGCUGCUGCGGUUCCCAUCGGCGGUCGGCCAGGAUUGCCAAAAGCACGUAAAAAUUUCUUCACGACGAACGUUGACCAACAGCAACGGAACUGGCGACAUCAUAAUAGUCACUUUAAAGUACCGACCAAGAGCGUGUGUCAAGGUUUGUUGUAUUUGCCGCAGCAGAUGCAAGUGUCCGGUCGCCGAAUGUUACCGCUGAAGAUGCGCAAACUAUUGAAGUACUGUGGGUUUAUUUAACUUCCAUGGGAUGAUCGUUUGGUGGAUUGUGGUGUUGUAAAUAUUGUGUAGACGUAAGCAAUAAAAAUAUUACUAUUUGUAUGUUUUGAUUUUGUAAAUGCGUUAAAUUUGUUUCUAUAUUUCUUAAUAUUACUUAGAUAUUAUUUAUAUUAAAGAGU